CCGGGAGGUCUCCGCGCAGUGAACUGGGCUUCGGCGGGGGGAGCGGGGCAAAGAUGUGAAGUGGGGGAGCAGGUGGCGGAUGGCCUCCCCCGCCCUGCACAUGGACACCCCCUCCUCCCCGAUAGACCCUGGGGCACAGAGAUGCCCCCCCCACACCCAUCCCAGACGCACAGACUCGCCAGUGACUGGAUCCCCACCUGGAGCGGCCCGCUCUUCCCAGGAUGCUGUGGGGCAGGGAGGGGGGAGCCGAGGAACCGGGACGCUCUCUGUGGGUGGGGUGAGACAGGAAGCCGUGAUGAUUGUACAGACUGAAGUCUCUGUCAGGGUCCUGGAUAGUGAAUUCCGUGCCCCCACCCCCCAUUCCAGUGCCAGGUGGGGGCUGGAUUUGUGGGUCCAUAGCUGUGUACCCUGGUGGGACGUGGACUCUUUGGUCCCUGAGGAACUCUUAACACUAACCCCCCCUCCUUGCUGAGUGGGGGGCACCUCCCUCGCCCAUGAUGGGCUAAGGAGACUGGGGCGGAGGGUGUGUUUGUGGGGUGCGGCCCCUCUGUGCUGUGUGUAGCAAGCCGACCCGUGGGUUGGUGAGUCUGUCCUGUCCCUGUCUGUCUGGCCGUCUGUGAGUCACUUUGGUUUUCUCGUAUGUGUAAUGACUGAUGCUGAGUUGGAACCUGCAGCCCACCCGCUCUAUCCCUUCUGGAGGAUGGGGCAUCCCCCAAUCUCCCCUCAGACCACCCUCACCCCUCCUCCCUGGGCCAGUGCCCCCUGGACCCCAAUUUAUGGCCAAAGGGCUAGUGUGAUCCUUGGAGGUACAAACAGGGCAGUCACGGGCAGGAUGUGAUUUUUACUUUGUACCUGGCCCUGGGGCAGCCGCCACUGGGCUCCUGUGCCCAGGUCUGGGGCCCGCACUCCCACACAGGUGGGGAUAUGGUGGAGAGGGGCUGCUGGAAUGCUGAAAGGUGCAGGGAACAGGCUUUGCCGCGAUAGACUCAAGUUGCUCGCGCAGAGACGGCGAAGGGGUGACUGGAUCCCCACCUGGGAACAGAGCUGUGAUGCGAGGGCCCUUUGGCCCAGCAGCCAGAGUCUGGAGACCAGGGAGGGGAAUGAGGCUGGGAGCAGCUGCCCAAGGGGGCAACGUUCCGACCAAGAUGGGAUGGCUGAGAGCUGCUCCAGUGCCGGGCGAGUCACUGGACUGUGUUCUGCGGGGGGCAGGCGAGACCUGGCCUUGAGAUCUAUGAAUAUCCCCUCCUGGGGGCAGGGCCAGUGUCCCUUCACCCUAUAGUAGGGGUGGGGUCCCCUGCCCCUCUGUCCUUCCCUCCCCAGUCCCUCUCUGGGACAGCACCCCACUUCCAUCCCGACUGCCCUCAGGACGGCAUCCUCUGCUCCCUUUCCUCCAACUCUCCCCUCCCGGGACAACACCCCUCCAUAUCCCCCCUCCAGGGACGACUCCCCCAGUUUGGUGCUCCCCCUUCCUCCCUGGUACAACACCCUCCCCCCACUCCCUAAGCACAGAGCUAACCUGAAUAUAGGUACGACACCCCCUUCCCUGCCAAGGGCUGGGGGUGAAUGCCCCCCGGCCCCACUGGGGGGCAUUCCAGUGGGAAGUGCAGGCCUCAGUGGUAGGAGCACCUGAUGUUUGUCGUGUGAUGUACUAAUCCCCCCAUUACAAACUGAACAGCGGUAUGGGAAUCCCUCUAAUGCACCCCCCACCCCAUUGCUGGGCUAGUGGGGAAGUCACUGGAUUGGGCCUUGGGACUCCUGGGUUCUAUCCCUGGCUCUGGGAGGGGGGUGGGGUCUAGUGGGUUAGAGCAGGGGGAGGGGCUGGGAGCCAGGACUCCUGGGUUCUCUCCCGUUUUGGGAGUAAGUCCUUCCCCGACUCCACCUCUGUGCCUGUUUUCCCCACUGUAGCCCGGGGGUGAGGAGCACCGGGCUCGGUGAGGAACUGGGUGUGGCACUUCUGCCUCUGCUCCCCCAUCCCCCUCAGUUCCUGUCUCGUAUAAUUCUUUUGUAACUUGAUUCUUUGUUGGUUUUUUAAUGUCUAUAAAUAUUUAUUGGUCUGUUUGAUGCCCGGCUCCUGCUUCUCAUUGUGUGCCAGUGCCCCCCGAAUGAGCAGAGGGACCCUCGGGCAGUGCCCCCCCCCCAGGAAAGCACCCCCCCAGAAUGGCAUGAGGACCACCCAGCGCCAGGCUUGCGAGAUGGGGCACAACCAGGAUACCUCACAGCACGCUGCCCUCUGGUGCCGGGCUGGGGAGAAUGCAUAUUUGCACCCACAGCAGUCCCCCCCUCACACCAGGCUGGGGACAGUGGGUAUAACCAGGCCCCCCACAGCACAGCAGCCCCUAGCACCGGGCUGGGUUUUGAGGUUCCGCUCUGUUCCCGUUGCUGGUUAUAUCACACCACCCCGCCCCGUUACACAACCCCAACCGCAUGCCUGAUUCACGGGCCAGAAGGGGCUGGGCAUGAGGUUAUGUAACCUGCCAUGGGGCGGGGGGGUGAAGAGGGGGAAUAAAAGCAGCCCCGUCUCUGCCUGGUGCCCAAACGCAUGGGAAGAGCUGGGUCACACCCCAAACUCUCCACGCAAGAGUCUGCAGGCUUCUGCCGUGACACCCCUCAUGAUGCUGCUGCGAAUGGCCCCACUGCUGCUCCUGGCCCUGGCACGGGGGGUCUGGGGAGAAAGGGAGAAGCCUACAUUCUGCGGGGAAGUCACCGAAUGUUUCACCUUUGAUCUCAUCUGCAACAGCUCUGACUACGAGGCCCGGCUUUACCCCCCCUCGGCCUGGGUCAGCACCCGCGUGAACAACACGUACACGGCCGCCAAGACCACCGGCUUCUGGCGCCUCUUCCGCUACAUCCAGGGCCGGAACCAGCUGGGUGUGAAGAUCCCGAUGACGGCACCGGUUCUGACCCGGGUGGACCGGGCUGCUGGGGAGACGCAGGAGUACACCGUCUCCUUCCUGCUGCCGGCAGCGCGCCUGGCUGGGGCUGACACCGUCUCUCUGUGUCUGGCUCAGGUUUUCGUCCAGCGGUUCCCUGCUCUGCCCACCUACGUUCGCUCCUUCGGGGGGUGGCUCACGGAUGCCAAUCGAGGGACCCACAUUCGGGCCCUUGAUGCCUCCCUGGGGCGGGACGCCCGGCACUUCGACCACUCCUGGCACUACUCUGCUGGCUACAACAGCCCCAUGAAGCUGUUCGACCGCCACAACGAGGUCUGGCGCCUGGCGUGGGGUGGCCUGGGCUGCGCCCCAGAGUGAGCCCCCCAAGUGUCACCCGCUGGCAUUGCAGCCCUGCCAGGAAAGAGAAACCCAGCUCUCGAUUCCGCCCCCCACCAUAGUGCCCCCAGGGAGCAGCCCCCCUCAUCGCCCCCUCCCCCCCCAAUAAAGCCAAGUGACCAAGGCUGCCCUGUGUAUGAGGCAUGAAUUCUGCUUAUUCCCCUGUGUGUGGGGGGUGUCCCCUGGCAGCUGCCCUAGUGGGUCGCCAGAAGGGGUCUGACCUGGGGGAGCAGAGAACAGGAGCUGGACUGAGAGGAGGGAAGA